CAAGAGAUUUUUUUAUUCAGCAGAUAACAUUAAAAAUAUUAAAGUUAAAUCCAAAAACCAAUCCAGGGCUGAGUGGAAACAUAAAAUAGAAAGAAGUUUCAAUAAUUCAAAAAGAGCAAAAUAUUUAGGGAAAAAAGUGUUUUACAAACAGCUUCACAAUUGACAACGUAAGGUAAAAUUCUGUCCUCAUGAACUCAAUGGAGUUUUGUUUUUAGUCUCAGAAAGGCCAACUGCUGAGCAUGACAGAGACUGAAUUGCUCAUUAGAAGUGACCUCUCCAGGACAGAUUGGAGGCAUAUGGUAAGAACGGUGUGGGAAUCACUACACACAGAUGCCCAUGAUGUGCUCUUUCUAUGGACAGAGAACCUUGACCUCAAGUUUGACACAAUUACCAUGAGUACUAAAAUACAGUAAUGUAAAAGAAAGCAAUAAAUCAAUAAAAUUGAAAACCUUUGCUGCCUUGCACUUGUUUAGUCAUUUACACUUAUGAACAGAGGGGGCAAAUGCUACCAAACCACAAUGUGCACACUUUGCACAGGUGUAUAUGACUACAUAAGCUGCUAAAUAGCAAAUAACCAGACUACAUAAUGGAAGCUUUCAAAGAAUGACUCAAGUCUUUCUUAUCUUCUAGAUUUGCUCUGAUUACAGCCAUGGGCAGUCUGCCCUCAGUGUAACUCCACUGGUCAACUGGCUAGCACCAGAUUCUGGAGAAUGAGCCCAAAUAUUUGUUGUCUUUGUAAGCUAUUCAGAGAAGACGAAAAUGGGAUCACUUCUAAAGUGUCAUUGGAGGAAGUGCUACAAUGGUCCCAAUCUUUUGAAACGCUGAUGACUACUAAAUCUCCUUUUCAACAUAGAGAACAUGGUGCCAAAGUUGAUCAUAUGGAUAUUAACAUUGAUAGUCCUGCAAGGGAAGCUAUUAUCAGGAAUAUUCAAGAACCAACUCAAUCCUGUUUUGAUGAAGCUCAGAGAAUAGUUUACAUGCACAUGGAAAGGGAUUCAUAUCCCAGGUUUCUUGGAUCAGAAAUCUAUCAGAAACUCAAACACAGGCCUUCAGACUGACAGCAAUGAUUCAAUACAUUAAAGAGGGAGACUAAGGAUUUAGCAGAAGAGACUUCCUUCUGGUUUAUUAAUGUUUUCAAAUGGUAAAAGAAGAACAGAAGAAAUCAGCCAAUGGAUGAAUUUUCCUUACAAAGAAUGGUAGUUUGUUCUUAUGCAGAUAUUAAAGCUGAACAUAAAAUACUUUCCACCCUCCACCUCCUCAGUGAAAUAUUUCAGCUUUAUGUCAAAAAAUUGAAAGCCACUUUUAGUUCACCUCAGUCUGUCUGGAAUUUAAAAAGUCAUUACGGGGAAGAAACCUAGGACCCCACACACUUACCACAAUCCAUGGGAAAUUAGCUGCCUCUUGUCCUUCUCCUACCAGCCAGGGAAGACUAGUUCCACAUCCUCAUCAACAUCCAUCACUAUCCAAGGGAAGCCACCAUCUGUGUUAGAAAUAAAAGUGCUGCGGUUUAGAAUGAUAGUUACUGUACCGUAUUGUAAACUCUAUAAUUCACAAACUAAAAUUCAGCACAUUGCCCAGUUAAUCAGCUAAACAGUCUCAAGUGUAAAGAGAAACACAUGCACAUUACAUUUGAUUACACAAAAAAUACAUCAGUUUUCAGCAGGCUCCAAGGAUAGUUGUAAUUGUAUCCAGGCGUAUUUAAGCUACUGUGCAUUUUGUGCCCAAAUGCUCUUGGAUUAAUAAAGUAAGAUACAAAGCAGGUUGUUAAACCUUAGAGGAGAGAUAUGGAAUGCUUUUGUUUAAUAAGUCAUGUUGGGAACAGCUUCAUAAAUCUGGCUAGCCAGGUGCAGAUGGUAGAAA